GGUUAACGCACGAGGGCUGCACUAGACGCGCCCCCUGAUAGUAGGGAGGGACAUCUGUUGUUAUAUAGUGUACUUUAAAAGUUACACAAGCAAGGAAUGAGCUUUUAUAAUUGACCUGAUCCACCUCAGGCGUUGAGCUUGCCCUCUAACACCACCUCAUAUCGAUUCCAAAAAAGGAGAUUCACCUUGACCACAGUCUAUUGUCCCAGCUUCUUUGAUUCGAAUGUAAAUCCUGAACACCUUGAGGAUAUUCAUCUUUCAUUGUUUUUGGAAUAUUGGGAUUCCACAAAGUGAGGGACAUCGACCACCAGCUUUUCCACAAAAGCCAAUACACCAUGGAGUUAAAUUCAGUGAUUUUAACAACUGCUGGGUCCGCGGUUUUUUUCCGAUUGGUAAAUAAUGCGUUCGGACAACUACCAAUGCCAGAAUCUGCGUGCAAAAAUGCAUGGAGAUGGAGAAAUAUCUGUACAUCGUUUGUCCACAGUAUCAUCACUGGCAUCUGGGCAGUACUCUGCUUUUUCCUUCACCCACAGAUGGCUGAAGAUUUAAUUGAGACCCAUUCUGUUUUUUCUCACGCGUUGGUUUCAGUUUCAAUUGGUUAUUUCAUCUAUGACUUCUUUGACAUGGUGGUGCACCAGAAGCUCAGUCAGUCCUGGGAACUUCUCUUUCAUCAUGUGGUGGUGAUCACGUGCUUUGGCAUCUCGGUGCUGUCCUUCCGCUUCGUGGGCUUCGCCGUGGUGGCCCUGCUGGUGGAGAUCAACUCGGUGUUCCUGCACCUGCGGCAGAUGCUGCGCAUGGCUGACCUGGCGUCGGGCACCCCCUACCGGGUCAACAGCAUCGUCAACCUGGGCACCUACGUGGUGUUCCGCAUCAACACGCUGGCCUGGAUGACGCGCUGGCUGGUGCUGAACCGGGACAACGUGCCCCUGGUGUCCUACACGGUGGGCAGCGUGGGCAUGGCCAUCAUGACCGCCAUGAACAUCGUGCUCUUCUGCCGCCUGCUGCGCAGCGACUUCCUGAAGAGCAGUGCGCGGGAGGGCAAGAAGGAAAAGGAGAUGUGAGCAGGAGGAGGAGGUGGUGAUAAGAGGAGAAGGAGGAUGGGGAGGAGCAGCAGCAGGAGGAGGUGGUUGUGUAGGAGAGAUCCGGUUGAUUCCCAGACAUAGUUUUGCCGUAUAUAUAUGUAUACACACACGUGUAUGUACUAUAUCAGUCUCAACACUUUGUACAAUAAUGCCUGAUUCUUUUUUUUUGGAAAUUGUGGAUUGUCACACAAGCGUCCGUUGUGCCUACAAAGACAACAGUUCUUAGUGAAUUACCUCGUUUUGGCCCACUGUAUCCGAAUAUAUGUGCUAGGAAGUUGGGAGGAGCACAUAGGAACAGCACAUACAGACAUGCUUUGUGCAGAGCUUUCCACGGCCAUGGUUUGCUUGUGGCUCCAUGGGAAUGGGCAAGCUAUUGUGAAGCCUCACAUGCUGGCUGAGUAUCGCCUGAGAAUAUGUAAGAAUUAAUGAAGAAAAAAAAGUCAAUGUGCAGUACAACCUUGUAAGCUAACUCGGGUAUAAUAUAAUAUUGGAUACUCUACAAACAAAGUAAACACUGUUAAUGAGACCAUUUUGAAGUAUGCCACAUUCAGUAUGUGGAACAAGUAAUAACUGUUCAGCUAAACAUUAUUUUCAAAGGUAAUAAUUUUCUCUUCUAUCAAGUACUUUGGAGUAUGUGGAGUCUUAAAAUGUCCUAAUUAACUGAAGCACUGAAGUCUUAACUAAACAUGCUUGAUACCUCAGGGACUAUAUAUGCUUUUGCUUUCUCUCUUGCUUAUUGCAAACCUUGCUCUAAAUGUUAAUGUCUCUUUUUAAGGAAUAGUUGUCUUUCGUAUGUGGCAGUUCGAGACAAACUGGACAGUGUCUUGCAGUUGCAUUGUAGUAAGAUUUUCCUAGCUAUUAGUAAUUGGACUAUAAGAUGAACAUUCAGACGGAGUAGACGGCUGCUUGUUAUUGUUGUUGUUGUUCUACUGUUGGCAUACAGAGGGCGCUGCACUCCAUACUAUUACCUCAUUGGCUACAAAACAUUUUUCAUAACCUCAAUACGUUUCAGUGCUAUUUUACUAUUUUACUAUAAGUAUAGGCCUAUUAACAUGCAGGAGCUGUUGCUUUUGUGCUUUUUUUUAUAUGUAUACAUAUAUAUUAGUGAUUGGAAAGGAAUUAAUCAGCUUAAAAUCGCAUACAAGCACUACCAUUAUGCCUUUUGUACCGAUUUCCAUCCUGGCAUAAUUUCUUAAAACUGUGUUAAAAUUGUGUAAAAAAUUAAGCUAUUCUUUUUUAAUGGUUUAUCGUAUAUGGAUAUUUUUUUGUAUAAUUGUAAUUUAUUUGUGCUAAAAGUUGUGAAGAAAAACUUUUGUAAAAGGAUAAAAAAAGAAAAUCUGCUUUGCCAUUUGUGCAGUUUAUUUGUUUACUUUAAUUGAUAUUAAAUGUUAAAGCCAUGAUGUGGUCCAGCA